AUGAUCAAUUCUGAUUUGCUUAUAAAAUGUGCCAAUUUCGUAGCGAUCAAACUUAAAGACCAGCGUAGUAAAGAUUAAGACGCUACUCCAUAUAUCAACCAUCCUAUUGGUAACUUCAUACUUCGAAACUUGGCUAACGAACGGCCAACGGGUGUCCCAGAAAAAUUGCAACAUUCUUGGUUUGAUUUGAUACCCAAUUGGCUCGAGAUAGGUGUCGUAGCAGAGGUCACUGAUGAAAAAUCACUACCAAAACAAGAGCAAUAACCUGAGAAAACUAAUCGCGAAAUUGGUAAAGUUAGCAGAUAAACUGUACAAUCUCCGUGACAAGUUGGUUGGACGGAUGAUCGAGUAGUGGAAUAUUUUGAAUCGGCAAAGAAGGUGAUUGACAGAGUCCGUGGAACGAAUAAAGCAUUGGAGGACACUUUAGAUGCCACGUUGGCAGCACGUGGAAUUUCAGUAGCCAUAGAUUAAUUUUAACCGGUUAGGUUCGUAAACAUUAAACAUCAUCGCCAGGUGUCCUUACUGAGCAAUGACAGUUAUAUUUCAAUCCAGGAUCUGUGUUAAAUUGCUAAAAGACGCCGACUUUGUAUUGGCCUGAAUAUUGCGGCUACAAUGACUUGCAAAGCGCCAGGAUGGCACCAAAAUCAUCCUUCACUUGUGUGCAUUGUGAGAAAUCAUUUUCAAAUAAGCGUAGGCUUGUUGAUCAUAUUUGUAUUCAUGCAGUGAAAAACGAUUCAAAUGCAAAAAUUGUGAGAAAUAAUUUUCAUGGAAGGGACAUCUAUUGAUUCAUGAACAUAUUCACACAGGAGAAAAACCAUUCCAAUGUAAAUAUUGUGAGAAAUCAUUUUCACGGAAGGAACGUCUAUUGACUCAUGAACAUAUUCACACAGGAGAAAAACCAUUCCAAUGCAAAUACUGUGAGAAAGUGUUUUCAUGGAAGGUGACUUUAUUGAUUCCUGAACGUAUUCACACAGGUGAAAACCCAUUCUAGUGCAAAUAUUGUGAGAAAUCAUUUUCAGGUAUGGAGACUCUUUUAACUCAUGAAAGUAUUCACACAGGAGGAGAAUUAUACAGAUGUGUUCAGUGUGAGAAAUCAUUUAUAUCCAAGCAAGUACUUGUAAGACAUAUUCGUAUUCACACAGGAGAAAAACUAUUCCAGUGCAAAUAUUGUGAGAAAUCAUUUUCACUUAAGGGAAAUCUAUUGACUCAUGAACACAUUCACACAGAAGAAAAACCAUUCCAGUGCAAAUAUUGUGAGAAAUCAUUUUCACGUAAGGGAAAUCUAUUGACUCAUGAACGCAUUCACACAGGAGAAAAACCAUUCCGAUGCAAAUACUGUGAGAAAGUGUUUUCAUGGAAGGUGUCUUUAUUGACUCAUGAAUGUAUUCACACAGGAAAAAAAAAUUAUUCAGAUGUAAAUAUUGUGAGAAAUCGUUUUCAGCGAAGGCAAGUCUAUUGACUCAUGAACGUAUUCACACAGGAAAAAAAUUAUUCAGAUGUGUACAGUGUGAGAAAUCAUUAGUAACCAAGCAAGCGCUUGAAAAACAUAUUCGCAUUCAUACAGGAGAAAAACUAUUCCAGUGCAAAUACUGUGAAAAAUUAUUUUCAUGUAGGGGAAAUCUAUUGACUCAUGAACACAUUCACACAGGAGAAAAACCAUUCCAGUGCAAAUAUUGUGAGAAAUCAUUUUCACUUCGGGGAAAUCUAUUGACUCAUGAACACAUUCACACAGGAGAAAAACCAUUCCAGUGCAAAUAUUGUGAGAAAUCAUUUUCACAUAAGGGAAAUCUAUUGACUCAUGAACGCAUUCACACAGGAGAAAAGCCAUUCCAGUGCAAAUAUUGUGAGAAAUCAUUUUCACGGCAGGGAAAUCUAUUGGCUCAUGAACGCAUUCACACAGGAGAAAAACCAUUCCGAUGCAAAUACUGUGAGAAAGUGUUUUCAUGGAAGGUGUCUUUAUUGACUCAUGAACGUAGUCACACAGGAAAAAAAAAAUUAUUCAGAUGUGUACAGUGUGAGAAAUCGUUAGUAACCAAGCAAGCGCUUGAAAGACAUAUUCGCAUUCACACAGGAGAAAAACCAUUCCAGUGCAAAUACUGUGAAAAAUUAUUUUCAUGUAGGGGAAAUCUAUUGACUCAUGAACGCAUUCACACAGGAAAAAAACCAUUCCAAUGCAAAUACUGUGAGAAAGUGUUUUCAAGGAAGUUGAAUUUAUUGACUCAUGAACGUAUUCACACAAGAGGAAAGCCAUUCAGAUGUAAAUAUUGUGAGAAAUCGUUUUCAGAGAAGGCAAGUCUAUUGACUCAUGAAUGUAGUCACGCAGGAGAAGAGCCAUUCAGGUGUGUACAAUGUGAUAAAAAAUUUGUCUCAAAGUUGGCUCUUGUCGGACAUAGUCGUGUUCAUGCAGGUGACAAACCAUUCCAACUUUACUUCAACUGUAAAUAUUGUCAUAAAUCCUUCAAGAGCGAUUCUGACUCACAAAAACAUGAGGGCUGCUACAAUGAUACUGAUCACAAGUCUUUGAAUGUGUCUAUUGAAAGUCUUGGCAAGGACAAACGGUUCAAGUCAAAUCUAUUGACUCAUGAACGCAUUCACACAGGAAAAAAACCAUUCCAAUGCAAAUACUGUGAGAAAGUGUUUUCAAGGAAGUUGAAUUUAUUGACUCAUGAACGUAUUCACACAAGAGGAAAGCCAUUCAGAUGUAAAUAUUGUGAGAAAUCGUUUUCAGAGAAGGCAAGUCUAUUGACUCAUGAAUGUAGUCACGCAGGAGAAGAGCCAUUCAGGUGUGUACAAUGUGAUAAAAAAUUUGUCUCAAAGUUGGCUCUUGUCGGACAUAGUCGUGUUCAUGCAGGUGACAAACCAUUCCAACUUUACUUCAACUGUAAAUAUUGUCAUAAAUCCUUCAAGAGCGAUUCUGACUCACAAAAACAUGAGGGCUGCUACAAUGAUACUGAUCACAAGUCUUUGAAUGUGUCUAUUGAAAGUCUUGGCAAGGACAAACGGUUCAAGUCAAAAAGUGGCAAAGCUAUGAAAAGGUCUUGCCCAUGUUCUCGUCGUGAGCAAACUGUUGUUGAAAAUGAACCUGCAGCAGAACUAACCAGUCAUUUAGAUAGCAAUAAUUCUCUAAAUGUACAAAACCCAAAAGCUGCAUAUUUUGCGUCGAAUGAAUGUUUGAUCAGCAGUGAGGCUGUGAGUAAGGUAGCGAUGUUGCCUGCUGCAGUCGGGUGUUCUGACAUGGAUAUCAAGGACGCAGCUGCAAAAAUGUCUGCUAUCAAUGGAAAUGAAACUGUUGAUCUGGGUACUGCCAAAACUGAGGAAUGUCAAGUUUUGCGGCUGGCUGUGAAACGAGAUUCGAUUGAUCAUCAUUCUAAUCAACUGGGAAAUGUUAAAAGUGAACUCAUUGACACGUUUGCUGCCGACCAGUCUGAUGGAAGAGUUGAACCAGCUCACACAUCUGCUACAGGGCAGUCCAGAGCUGAACUAGACAUUCGUGCUGUUCAUGUUAAAGGGGAGAGAAAUGUCAAAAGUGGGGCCUUUACCCUGCCACCUACACAGUUUGACUUUUUUAUAGGAGGACUAUGUCAAUCUGAUAUGUCACCUAUAGAACAGACCAAUGUUAAAAGCGAACCAACUGACAUGUCUCCUAUAGAACAGAUCAAUAUCAAAAGUGAGCCAUGUGACAUGUCUCUUCUAGAACAAGGUUAUGUCUUACAGGUAGUUGGAUCAUGUGACAUGUAUCCUACAGAUCAGGCUAAUGUCAAAGGUGAGCCAGGUGAUAUGUCUCUGUUAGAACAGGCCAAGGUGUUAAGUGAGCCAGAUAACUUGUCUCCUAUUGAGCAGGUUGAUAUCAAAACCGAACCAUGUGACAUUUCUCCUGUAAAGUUGGCCAAUUGCAAAAGUGAAAUAUGUGACACAUCUCCUAUAGAUCAGGUCAAUGUAAAAAAUGAAGCUUGUGACAUAUCUCCUUUAGAGCAGGCGAGUGUGAAAAGUGAGUCAUACGAUGACAUGUCUCAAGCAGGGCAUGUUACGGUAGAGCAGGAAAACUCGAGUGGUGCACAGGUUGAUAUGUCCAAGAUUGAUAAAUACAUUGCGGUGUUUGAUCGCUGGGCAGAAAUGUUGUGUGAAAAUACAGGUUAGGUGAAGACAGUAAAGACAAUAAUAGGGCCGCUUUGACGUACAGACGACAACCCGAAUAUGGUGUAAAUUUUUCUCGUCUAAAUGCAAAAAUCAGGAUCAGUGUGGUCCCAUCCGGAAUUGAAAAAAAACAUCGAUCGAGGUACUUUUAAUCUAGAUGCAUCCGGAUCAAAAGUACUGUAUAAACCCAAAUGAAAACCGAAUCCGGAUUCAUUUUACCUGGGUGCAUGCGCACUAACGUUUUUUUACACAUCCACAAGCAACAGGUAUUGGAGAGUUCCACAUCUACAGAAAUAUAUACAUUCAGAUGAGACCGGGUUGCGCUGAUUGUCUAAUUGCAGGCAAUUUUUGAGACCUGAGCGUGGUUUGAUCCGAUCGCAUCCGGUUCCGAUAUGAAUCUGUUUUUUCUCCUGCCGUCUAAUUGGCCCUAAUAUAACUGUUGUAUUCGCUUGUUAUAGUCAGUGAUGAUUCAAAAAGGCGACUGGUCUUAGUCUUAUAUAUGGGAUGUUUGGUUGCCUCUUCUAUGAUCGUGUUUUAGCAUGUUCGUUUAUGGAAACAGAUCAUGAGAUUAAUACAUUGUGUAAGAGCUUGAGUGAAUACAAUAAAA